UUUGACUGCGUCGGAGGCCAAAAUGAUAUCUUUCCAAUAUUCCACACAUUUGACACCCGCGAAAAAUGUAUUGCUUUUGCUGAGGAGCAGGGAUUGAUUCCGAAUAGGAAGUUGUGUCGUGUGCACAAGACUGCGAUGGCGGUAUCGGUAGCCGGCAAUAGUGCAGUCAAAAUUUUUCGAUGUCGGAAGGGUACUUGCCGUACGCGAGCAGUGUCCCGAGCGAAGCGUACUUGGUUUGAAAAUGCUAAGAUUCCAUUACCUCAGGUGUUCUAUUUAAUGUACGCCUAUGCCUCGCAUUGGUCACAAGCCGAAGUUCGGCAAAACAGCAUGUUCAGGGAGCCAAUUUUAUCGAGCUCCACCAUAUGUGACUGGUACAAUGACUGCCGCGAAGCGGUGGUAUUGUACCAAAUCGAACAGCAGGUAGCGGUGGGAAAAAUUGGCGGCCCUGGCAAAAAAGUUCAAAUCGAUGAAAGUAAAUUCGGUAAACGAAAAUUCAACAAAGGUAAUAGCAAAUAUAUUAUUGUUUACGUUAGAUAAGUACUUAUUUUUUAUU